ACGCCUGAAAGCAAAGAAAGGGAGCGUUAUAUCCCCCCGUGUUAUUUCCCCCAUCCACGAUGAACUCCAAUGUGGUGUACGCGAGCAUGUGUCACAACGGCGACGGCGCUUCGGCGCCCUACGCUUCUUCGGCGCAGCACUACGACCUGGCGGCGCAGGUGUACUUCCCGGCGGCGCCGGCGGAGAGUGCGUACGGACCUCCCGCGGCCAUCUCGUUCCCGGGGGACCCGCGGACGCCGCCGCUGCACGGUGACCCUUCGUCUCUCGGUCACCACCCGCACCACCAUCAGAUCAUCAACGACAACAACGGACUGAGCUACACCAACCUGGACCAGCAGGCAGCCGCGGCUGCGGCGGCGGCUGCGGCCGCCGCCGCGGGCUACCACCUGCACGGCGGGGCGCCCGCAGGGGCGCACCGCGGAGGCUACGGCUCCCCCGGCGGCGCCAGCCCUCGGCCCGCGCCCACCACGGCGACCACGGGCUUUCCGUACCGGGGCGCGGGCGGCCUGGAGUACGCGCACAUGGAACAAGUGGCCGGAGUGCACCAUGCGGCCACGCCGGGUGACCACCACAUGGCAGAGCGGGCCGGCAUGCACCACGCGUCGGCGGCCGGCUACCCGGCCAGUGCUUACCUCGAUCCGCUGACGCUGACCACGCAGAGGCGCAACGGCUACGCUGGAGCCUACGACGGCUACGAGCAGGCGGUGCGGGACAGUUGCCAGCACAACGGCGCCGCUGCGGCGGCCGCCGCGGCCGCCGCGUACCAGGCAUCGUCUCACGCGCUGGCGGCGCGCUCCGGACUGUCGCCGCCGAAGCCGGCGCCGGUGCCCACCUACAAAUGGAUGCAAGUCAAGCGCAACGUGCCCAAGCCGCUGCCCAAGCACGAGUACGGCGGCUUCGGCGCGACCGGCGCCGGCGGUCCGUGCGGUCCCAACGGCACGGGCCGCACCAACUUCACCACCAAGCAGCUGACGGAGCUGGAGAAGGAGUUCCACUUCAACAAGUACCUGACGCGCGCGCGGCGCAUCGAGAUCGCCACGGCGCUGCAGCUGAACGAGACGCAGGUGAAGAUCUGGUUCCAGAACCGCCGCAUGAAGCAGAAGAAGCGCAUGAAAGAGGGCCUCAUCCCGCCAGAGUCCUCGCCGUCCGACGCGUCGGUCGGCACCCUCUCGCCGGGAAAGCUGUCGCCGCCGUCGCCCCAGCAGAAGGACAGCCAGUGAGGAGCGCCCCCCAGCGUGCGGCCAAAGCUGCCUACAUGCGGCGACAUGGGCCAGAACCCUUCUUCCACGAGCUGUGUCAGCCCACGGCCGCUACGCGUUUAAAUCCCCCCCUUGAACCCCCCGGGCACACCACCGCCGAUAGCUGUCUCUCUCUCUCUGGCCGUUCGACCUGACUCACCGACAUUCGUGCCCCACCCGCACGCUAUCUGUGCACUUUGAGUUCAAUGAUGAGUGGGUGUGGCACCAGUGCAAUGUCAGUGCAGCUCCGGUGUACACCUGAACGAAUAUAGGUGCUCUGGUGAUGAACUCGGUUAGCAUCAGGGCUCUGGCGGCACUGCCUCAACUAUUUCACUUCUGGCAACGCGAAUACGGGUGUCGUUUGAAAUUGAUAGGACCGGAGUCGAAGGGCAAAGCUAAUCGAACUAACGACGGGCUGUACCGGUGCUGCCCUCGUGCAACUCCAGAGCUGCACACAGAGCUGCAUCUACUCUUCCACUUCUGGCAUGUCGAAUGCUAGUGGAACUUAAAAGCUAUUAAUGGCCAGCCACAUAAUCGAAAUCUCGGCGCAAUUUCACGUUAGAGACGUCCCCGAAGCGCGCGUCAAGCUUCAGCUUCGUUUUCGCGUAUGGCGGAAGCCACCAGUCUCUAAUUUCGCUUUCUGUGGCAACUACUGGCAGAAUUCUGGGCGGUUUCUUUCGAAAUCCCACGCCGAAGUGAAAGUGAGCGUCGGCUUCUUCGGGUGAAGUAAGCGCGAACACCUUUUUUUCUUCCUCUCCUUCAUUCACUACCAUCGUACUGUAACGUCAGUGAAAUGGGCAGUCGUGCACGACCUGUGAACGCUUGCUGAAUGGGACGUUGUGUGUUAAAAUGCAACAGUUGAGCCGCUCCGGAAAACUACUUUCUGAUUAAUCUUAUUGGCACUAGUACUCCGAGCAUUUGCGAAAUAUUCCCAGCCCGAACGCCGAAGAAGCAUAAGUCGAAUUCCACAUCACCGCGACUUCGAACGAAAUCGAGUACACCAUUUAUUUGCGAGUCGAAAAAAAAAAGGCAUCGAAUAACACAAGACAACCGGAGAGCAGCUUUGCUCCUUUAACGCGGUUGCAUUUUACACGCUAUGAUAUCAUGCCCAGCGUGAUUUCUAACAGUCCAUCCAUCUCAACUACAAAUCCUUGUUGCUCGUGUUUUCUACGGUUGGGCGAUCAGUAGCUCAAGUAACGUGGUUGCAUUGGGAGCGCGAACCAAGAGCACUCGGGAGAAACCUUAGCUGUGCGAAAUGUAGGCAACUACUGAAACAAACUAGAGAUGGCAUGGGAACAGUUCGCCUGUGUGUGCGUGUGUGUGUGGUAUGGGGGGGGGGGGGCUCUGAAGUCUUGUAGGACGCACCCCUCCCCCAUUAUUGCUGACUAUCUUUCUAGCAUUUUCUUUCUUUCGAGACCAGUUUGAUUCACGAAAGCCCCGCAUCCAAUCUCUCUUGACAGCCGUCGCCUGUGGGUGAAUUGGCGUAGGUCGAAUAGGAGAGGCGAGCUGCAGACACCAGACGAGCGGGCGCUUUCCAAAGCGCCUUCACGAGGUUGCUGCGAGCAGCCUGGAAUCAUAUAAGCAAAAUACUGUGAAAAGGGAAACCUUGUCUCAGGAACGUGUGUGUAUGGAUGCUUUCUUGAAGCACAGGCCAAUCCGGUGUCAGCCUAUUAAAUGAAAACAAGGGGCUCGUUCCAACCCCCUUGGAAACGAAGUCUGUCUAAGUGGCGAACCCGACACUUUGGAGGAUACAUAACUAUAUACAAAAAAAGAGGAGACGGAGUAUGAGAGAGAGAGAAUAUACUAUCGUGGUGGUGCGCCAAUCCGCGAAGGUCGUCUGCACAGCAUCCCGCGCACAGCAGCAGCUAAAUCUCUCGCGCACCUUCAUGGGAAAAGUGAACUAUACAAGAAGGCCCGUACAAGCCCCAAACACUGAGACGCUCAUUCGAGCGGCCGCAUUGUUGAUUCUUUUUUUUUUUUUAAUUUCUUUCGCUCAUCAAAGUGCAAUGUCCCUUCUCCGGCUCUUGGAGGGGAAGAGGAAUAUAACAAAACUGCCCGCCGCACUCCCCCAUUUUCUCCGCCUCAUCCUACUCGUGCAUCCCCACUUCCUCGCCCCCUUCCCACCAACCGUGACAGACUGUGAGUGAAGAGUCGGGCAACAGGGCACGGCAACAACGAGGAACACCGCAACGACGAAGCGACUACGGACAGCUUGUGCUCGCCCCUGUGUUCGCAGUGUGUCCCGAGGACCUACGACAAAACGAGAGCGCGCGCACACACGCAUGGACUCUCCGCAGUGAUGGUGAAUAAGCGUGUGCGCAUACUGUGAUCCAUUCGAACAUUUUACUGUUCUUUUUUUUUGUUUUUAUUUUCUCGUACGCAUGUAGUAUGACUGCGUCUCUCUCUUUUUUUUUUUCGUUUUUUCUCCAAUACUUCUACGAGACAUUUUUUCCCCUUUUCCUCCGUCUUCUUUUGGUGUCUUUCUCUGCCGGGACCAUGUUGUUAUUUUUUUUUCUUCAUCUCGUUACAUAUGGCCCGGCUACCGCCGUUAUUCAGGAAGUGUUGCUCCCUGGGACGUUCCCGGGAAGUUCCCGGUACGCAUCCCCGGGACGUUCGUGCCCUUGUACAUUGCGCCAUGUUUAUUUUGUGACAUACCGUUGUUAUUAUUUUAACUUGCGCUCUUUUCCAUUUUUUUUUCUCUCGAGCACGUCGGAGGCAGAACCAGUGUCUUCUAUACACAGUGUCUAUACUAUAAUAUACAACAUGGCGGGCGCUUCGCCAUCGCCAUCUUGAACAGGGUAUCUACAUUCAACGCGCCUCGUACGGCUCGCUCGCGACAACGUGAAUACGCAGAGACGCGCGGCGCGAUUGUUGUGCGACUGUGUCUCUGAGCUGCGACAUUUUUGUUCACGAGUGACUCGGCUAUUCCAGGUAUAGACCCCUCCCGCGCGACGUCGGCGACAAAGUCACAAACGGUCAUACUUACGCACCAGCGACACCUGCAAAACGCGUUAAGUGAGAUGCGAGUGACUAUACGCGUGCAACGGCAGUGGUGUCCUCUAGUGCAGCUGUUUGGCAGCUGCGCGAUCUCUGUCAACUAUAACUAAGAUCACCUAAUCUAAACACAGUAUCGUUUUCUGUCUCUGUUUUUCUUCGAAUAAACAUGGUACUACAAACGCCGUUACCUGUUAACAAACUUAGCACCGGCCAAACGGUGUUACGUCAGUUCGAUGCAGAAGCGGAUUCUGGAUAGGUUCUGCAUGGAUAGAUGAAAACAGGGAUUCGCUCAGAUUAAUGUAACAUAGAGGGAGACAAAAAAAAAAUGAUCCGCAUAGUUAACGUGCCUGAAAUACCACUUUGCCGAUUGCCUAGACACAGAGAUGCAUUAACAUCCCCUUUUCCAGGCUGUAGCCGAGGGGUCAUUAACGUUGUUACACUCAUCGCCAGUCGAACGCGAUGGUCUGCAGGCUGUCGUUGCACGCGCAAGUCUUCGUCAUCCGCUUUGUUUUCGCACAUGCGCAGUAUAGGCAGCUACAAGGCAGCGGAUCUAUGCUACAUUAUAUUUAUUAGCGUUUUAGCUCGCAUUAAGUACGAAUAUUAUAUUUUCAGAGGUACUUUAUACACUGUUCACGUGACUGAGUUUUGCGAUUGAUGCCCAACGCCGGGUCAACGCAAACGAUAAUCUUAAGAAAACAGGGUGUGGUUAAUCUGCCGGAUUGAAUUUUUCUUAGCACUUCCAUUAAAGAGACGCAAGGGCUAGGUCGGAAUUCCUGGCCUUUCCCCAUAGGUGGAAAAAAAGGUCAAUACACUUUACUAAUGCGCACAACAGGCUGUCAUCGUUGUUGUCGCCAAUAAAAAAAGGAAGGCUUGAGGAUUACGGUGAGAGGCUUUGCAUUCCUCGAUCGAUAAACGUGCAUGUGAAAUGCAGUUCUUUCUUGUAACUUUUUUUCUCUAGAAACGAAAACACGGACUGUGUCGUACUUAAUAGCGUGAAUAGCUUAGGAAUAGGGCAGUUUGAGGCUAUAGGUGUCGGGACCUUCUCUUUGUCCGUGCAGCUGAAUAUCGGGGUUCAGAUGAGGGUCUUUUUCCUCACGCGCCACAAGAGUUCAAACGCUCUAAUGCUCCACUCUCGAAAUUCGUAGUCUCAAUUUGAACAUCAAUUGUCCUCUUUGCGACGCACUGCAUCGCAAAAUGUGGCAGCCAGUAGAGCUGAAGCAAAACCCGAGAAGAUGCAGUGCAGUAAAGGAAAGUUUAUUCAAACAGUACGCGCAAACAAUGGAGACGCUUAUACCCUAAAAACUUCCAAAUUGCCUUAGUAAAAUUUAUACAAACGCUAAACGAAAUUUCACACACUCCUAUGCUGAUAUUCAAGACAUCGCCAAGGCUAUAGCCACUUGCGUUGUCUCGCAAUUUCUCGCUGCCGUUGAAGAGGAUCACAUCCUCUGCACCAGUGGAGGCAAUGCAGUCGGAUCAGUUUGUAUUACACAAGGAAAAUUUGCUUUUAGAGUUCCACGCUUCGAGAGAUGAUAUUUGACCUCUGGAGCCCAGGUUUAGCCCUUGUUAUAAGAUUUGAAAUGGCGCCACCUAGCUGUUUCACCGCAGGUGUAUAGCUACGCAAACUUACACUAUAUGCGCUCGGCGUUACAUCAGCUCAAUAUUUGUGUCUCCGAACUCUGCUAUGUGCGAUGAUUUCACACUGCAGACACCUUUCCAGUUUCUAAGGCUAAAUAGAGAAACAAAACGAGCUGACAAAACAGGUGUACAAUCAGUGACAACUUCAACAAUAUAGUUUGGCCCAGCUAGCACUCCAAGACCCAACGUGGCCGCCCCUUUGUAACUCUGACUGUAACGACGCCGAUAUAAUGACACCUGAUCCAUUUGGCACGUAUUUAAUAAGCAUACUCGCUUCAACGCCCAAACAGUAUUCGUUAGUGCAGAGGGUUUCUUCAAAGGAUCAGCCAAUUCUGUCUUUAACCGUGCGUACCGUAACAAACGCAUACAAGGUCAAGAGUAUUUUUUUUUUCGGUGCGGUAAGCGCCCGGACGAAGAUUUACAGCUUCUUCGCGCAUGCUCAAACCUUGACAGACGUCGUUGCCGAAAUUGUUGGACGGCUGGGUGUAAAUAAGAGGCCCGUUCAAUGCGAUUGCGCGAGCACUGCAGCCUUCGAAUGGCCGCGCGUGCGCAUUUUAGGAAGACAAGAAGACAGACAAUUGCUUAAGCUGCAGGUGCGCAUGCGCGUACACCACUGGAUGUACAGGGAAACACAAAACCAAUCGGAGAAACCAGGGUCGUGGAGCAUCGUUUAAGAGACCGUACUUAUUUUUUUCCUCUUUUUCUUUCGCUCUCUCUUCUAGAUGCUCCACUUUAGGUAUAUAAAUAAAUGAGUCUAUAAAGAAUUAUACAUAGUAUAUAUAUAUAUAAACGAUUUCCCGAAUUAUGUACAGGUUUUAAGACGUCUUAUGUACAGUUUCUACACGCCUUCUACUGUAAGUAAUGCCUCGAGAGACUCCGCGGAGGCUGAAAGUGGUCGUGCAACAUUCGGGCGUUGUUGUCGCUUACACGUUUCUUUCAUUGUCGCUUCAACCAUGCCAACGCGCAGCAUCAGCCUCUGCCGAGGCCCCACAAUCUAACAGGGUAUUCCGAAUACGUAUGCCUUAUGUCAUCGUUGCUUCUCAAGCUGACUUUAUCGGCAUUUGAGGAGGGUAGAAGCAGCGGAAAAAAAGGAAAGAAGUGAAAACUACUGAGCUCUGAUUUAUUUGCGCGUUUCGCAUAGCAUCGCCUUAUAGAAAAUGAAACAUGUAGCGCGCGCUGGGAUGUUUCAGGUGUGCAGUAGGUCAUUUAGAAGCCCUGUGAUGCACGGCCGUGCGGUCGCAGAAAGUGUGUAGUUGGGAAGCGGAAAUCGGCUGCGAUAAUGGCACUGUUGUUCCGUGUAAAUUCUGCCAAUCUCCUAUCUCUACUCUGAACUGUCUCUUGAUUUUUUUUAUAAAUUGCUUUCUGCUCACCACGUGUCCCGUGCACGUUUCUCGUUUUAACUUAUUGUGUUUUGCGAGGAGGCGUUUGCGUUUCUGUAAACGAUGGCUGAAUAAAAAAAAAACGUCAGAAGAUGAAA